UUCAACAGUCAAAAGAUGGUUCAAUCUCCUAAUUGCUUUAACGACUCGGACUUUUUAUGUGUAAAUCAAAAUAGUCCCCCAAAAGUAGUAGUCUUCACUGACGGACCCUGCGUUCCAAGUCUUACCAAAUCCUGGUCGGAUGCUGUGCACAAGAAGUUGAAAUUAGACGACACAGUUGCAUUCAGCCAUGAAUUUUACUGCAAAUUUGUGUGUGGAGAGUCCAGUGAAGAGAGAGGUGGAGAUGGAUCUCCGUCCAAAAGCGGCCGGACUCAGGAAUUGGAGGAGCCUGGAGGAGAGGGGGGAGAAGGAGGAGGAGAAGGAGGAGGAGGAGGAGGAGGAGCUGGAGGGAGUGGCGGUGGCGGUUCUUCUUCGCCAUCGCUGGAAGAGCAAGAAGAAGAGCAGCAGCAGCAGCCACAGAGAGGAGGAACAAGAAGAGGAAGAGGAGGAGGAGGAGGGGGAAGGAGAGGCGGUGAAAGCAGGCAUCCUGUGUACAGGGGAGUGAGGAAGAGGCAUGGCGAUCGCUGGGUUUCAGAGAUUCGAGAGCCGGGGAAGAAGUCUCGGAUAUGGCUUGGAACUUUCCCCACGCCUGAAAUGGCCGCCCGUGCUUAUGAUACAGCUGCCUUUAACAUAAAGAAACCCUACGCUUUCUUGAAUUUCCCUGAAUCCGUCUCCUCGUUGCCAUUACUGCCGCUUUCUUCCUCUCCUAAGCAAAUUCAAGAAGCGGCAGCCGCGGCUGCCGCUGCUUUCCAAGCCAGAAGCCCUCCCGCAGGAGGAGGCGGCCUUGUUCCUACUGCGCACCAGGGCGAGUCAUCUUCGUCUUCCUCGGCAGUAGCGGUCACCAUGUCAAUGUCCAUUGAAAGUAUGGAGCAGCUCAGUAUUGCCGUUGAUCCUCCAACGCCGCCCUCUUAUUUCGACGAAGAUAUGAUAUUUGACAUGCCUAAUGUGCUCACAGACAUGGCCGAGGGUCUCAUGAUCACGCCGCCUUUGCUCAAUCAUGGAGUUUUGAACGGAAAUAAUCAUGAUUACUCCAUCCCUGAGCCAUCCCUGUGGGAUCCUUAAAAUACUUUCUUGCCUUUAAAUAGUGCCUCCCCUGCUCACUCUGCAGUCUGCGACCUUGUAUUUGUAUACACUAACAUAUAUACCAGUGCAAAUUUUAGUUAGGGAAGAUGUUUGAAUCAAAAAUUGAAGUGUACCUAAUUCUCGUUCCCUGAGCCAUCCCUGUGAGCUCCUUAAAAUACUUUCUUGCCUUUAAAUAAUGCCUCCCCUGCUCACUCUGCAGUCUGCGACCUGGUAUAUGUAUACAAAACAAUAUAUACCAGUGCAAAUUCUAGUUAGGGAAGAUGUUUGGAUCGAAAAUUGAAGUACCUAAUUCUCGUUCUUACCGCCUGUACAUUACUACGCACGCCUUUUCGUCGACGGAAUUCGGAAGAACAUUCUGUCAGAUUGCAGUAGAAGAUCUGCUCCAAACACGAGGCCUUGGAAAUCAAUCCAGCUGCUUUAAUUUUUGUUCCGUCAUUGCUUCCAUGGAUUUUCUCUCGACAGAAUGCUUUACCUGAACAAAGUUUUAUAUCAAAUUUAGUCUUUCUGUUAAUUGUAAUCAUUUUUGGUUUAUGGUUAAUUUCAACGCUUCAGAAUUAAAGUACAUUCUGUCAAAUUACAGUAGUAAAUCCGCUCCAAACACGAGGCCCUGGAAAUCAAUCCAGUUGCUUUGUUCCGUCACUGCUUCCAUGGAUCUUCUCUCGCCAGAAUGCUUUACCUGAGCAAAUUUUUAUAUCAAUAUAGUCUUUCUGUGAAUUAGUACAA